AUGUCAAGGAAACAGAUCCUCAACUUCUUUUGCUUAUCAUCUUCGAAAUUCAAACCUACUAUCCAGUAUAUUAUGUCCAGGGUUGUGGCCAGCUCUUAUCAAGUGCUGCUUAAUACGAGUAUUGCAGUGGUACUAAUCCAGUUAUACCUUGACGAUUUGAUAGAAACCGGCCAUUAUAAAUUAUACUCACCAUGCAUCAUAAUUUAUUGUCUUGUCUGUAUUUUAUCCUUUUGUGGGUUGUUUAUUAUCUGGACUUUUCGUAUCCCCGAAAAUGGUUGUUUUGACGACAAAGCUGUAUUGGAAUUUCAACUGAAAUUGCUUAGAAAGGAGUUAUAUAACGCUAAGAAAGAUUUGUUAUCGGCGGAAGAGAAACUACAUGAAAAUCGGGAGAUAUUAAAAAUUAAAUCAUAUCGUAUCAUACCAUCAAUUAUAUUCCAUACUAGACUCGAAAUUCGACAGUUCAGAAGUACACAUGCAGAUACGCUGAAUAAGAAAUUGAACAAACUGUCAGAUGAGCAAGGAAAACCGUUAUUUAAUGUGACAAACACAGUAAUUUGCUAUGAAUUAACGGAGAGACUCCCAAAAUAUGUUAUGGAAACAUUAGCCUUGGGUCCAAGAAACCCCAUCAUAGAGAAGUUCAACAAAAAUGAUGUGUUAACUGGUUUAGAUGAUUUGAUUAGAUUUUGCAAAGAUAAAAAGAUUAACGACGAGCUAAUCACUGACAUAAAUGUUAAGACUUUGGCAUACGUUAAGAAAUGCAAUAAGCAAAAACCAUCUAAAAACAUUCAAAUGACAAAAAAGUAUCUAAAACUCAACAACUUGAUAGCAGUUCCCUUCGACAAGGGCAUCGGCAUUUGUGUUAUGAAAGUUGAAAGUUAUAACAACAAAAUGAACGACAUCAUUGGUUUACCCCAAUUUAAUAAACUUACAUCUAAAAGGAAAAAUGAGAAGAACCCUGUGUUCAAAGAAGAAGAAAGAAUUACAUCUGUCCUGAAAGAGUUAAAAGUGAAGGGAAAAAUCAGUGAACAGCUUUAUGAUAAACUAAAGCCAAUAGGAAGUCAACCACCUAGAAUCUACGGACUUGCUAAAGUACACAAAAAUAACACACCAAUGAGACCAGUUUUAUCGAUGCCAGGUUCUCCAUAUUACAAACUAGCAAACCAGGUAGCAAAGUGGCUGUCAGUAGUAGAUGAAUGCAACAUCAAUUCUUCCACGAAACAAAUAUCCGAUCUAAUUACACAUCUCCAACUUGCAGAAAAUGAGGAACUUUCUUGCAUAACUCAGUCAAGAUCUUCCGCACCGACCGCGAACGCUCUACCACAAGGCCACCAGUUGGUUGGUCUUAACGAUAAGCAGGAAACGUCAACUGACCUACGAAAAGCAGUAACGUGUGCGGGUGAAUUUCUGUUCGCUAAAGAUUUACAAUAA